GUCGCGCCGUGCGGAGGACGGAGGAGUUUUCCAGGGAGUGGGAUUAAAGCCCUGGACGGGAGCGGUGCGGGAACGCGCUCUCUGUGGGGUCGCUGCACGGGAUCCACCCGCCGUGGGCACACGGUCUUGCCGGAAGAUGAAUGUCCUCAAAGACAACAAAGACGUCGCCUGCUUCUACACCACCAAACACUCUUGGAGAGGAAAGUACAAAAGAGUGUUCUCUGUUGGAACCCAUGGCAUCACCACCUAUAACCCCAACACUUUAGAAGUAACUAAUCAGUGGCCUUACGGGGACAUCUGCAGCAUCUCCCCGGUGGGGAAGGGUCAGGGCACGGAGUUCAACCUCACCUUUCGCAAGGGAAGCGGCAAGAAGUCCGAGACACUCAAGUUCUCCACGGAGCACCGGACCGAGCUGCUCACAGAAGCGCUGAGGUUCAGAGCAGACUUUUCAGAAGGGAAGACAACUGGAAAGCGCUACAACUGUUACAAACACCACUGGAGCGACACUCGAGCACCAGUGGUUCUGGAGGUCACUCCCGGGGGCAUCGACCAGUUCGAUCUGCACACCAACCGCCUGCUCUGCUCUUAUGACUACCGCUCCAUCGAAGGCUUCGUCGAGGUCUCUGACUACCAGGGAGGAUUCUGCAUCUUGCAUGGGGGCUUCGGCAGGAUGCACCUUUUUGCCUCGGAGCACAGGGGCGACAUUAUCCGCAGCGCCGUGGAACAGGCUGGAGCCUCCAUCGGCAUCACGCUGCGUCUGCGCAAGGAGGCGCUGAGCUCCGAGGGCUUCGUGGCAGCACGUCUGGGGAAGUACAGCUCCGACGAGUGCAUCACCUCACUGGCUGAGUUCUUAGUGCAGAAGAUCUCAUCACGACACACAGAGCCAGUGAAGAGGAUUCUGGGGCUCACGGAGACCUGCCUGGUGGAGAGGGACCCAGCCUCUUACAACGUCGUCACCCUCAAGCCUUUUGGAGAGGUGUUUGCGCUGAUCUGCGACGUUGAGAAUCCUCAGAUAUUCACGGUUGAGUUCAUCAAGGGCCACAUUAGAAAGUACUCGUCCACGGAAAGGGAUGCCCUCUUGGCCAGCCUGCUGGAUGGUGUGCGGGCCUCAGGGAACCGCGACGUGUGCGUGAAGAUGGUCCCCACCCAAAGGGGACAGCGCUGGGGGCUGCUCAGCUUCCCUGUGGAGGAGGAGGUGGAGAGUCUGCACCUCAGGUUCCUCAGUGCUCCUCCCAAUGGCAGCUUUGCAGAUGCUGUGUUCAGGUUCAAUGCCAACAUCUCUUAUAGUGGAGUGCUGCAUGCAGUCACACAGGAUGGCCUGUUCUCGGAGAACAAGGAGAAGCUGAUCAGCAACGCCAUCCUGGCACUGCUUUCCCAGGAAACCGAGACUCAAGGGACCAAUGCUGAGCUGGAGAGCCACUUCCAGGCCGUCCGAAGGCUCGUGGCUUCCAAAGCAGGUUUCCAGGCCUUCACCCAGCUACCAAAGUUCAGAGAAAGACUUGGAAUGAAGACUGUCAAGGCCCUGAAGAGGAACAACAGUGGGGUCACUCAUGCUGCUGUUGACAUGCUCUGUGCCCUCAUGUGUCCGAUGCACGACAAUUACGAUCUCCGUCAGGAGCAGCUAAACAAAGCCUCGCUGCUCUCCUCACAAAAGUUUCUGGAGAACCUGCUGGAGAAAUUCACCAACAAUGUGGAACAAGGCACUGGAGCCCUUGUCAUCAGCUCCCUACUGGACUUCCUCACCUUCGCUCUUUGCGCCCCCUAUAGCGAGACCACUGAGGGCCAGCAGUUUGACAUGCUCCUGGAGAUGGUGGCUGCUGAUGGAAGGACACUCUUCAAACUCUUCCAGCACCCCUCCUUGGCCAUUGUGAAGGGAGCUGGCCUGGUCAUGAAGGCCAUUAUUGAGGAGGGGGACAAAGAGAUCGCCACAAAGAUGCAGGAGCUGGCUCUGAGUGAGGGGGCCUUGCCUAGACAUCUUCACACCUCCAUGUUCACCAUCAGCACAGACCAGAGGAUGCUCACCCACAGGCAGUUGAGUCGGCACCUUGUGGGUCUAUGGACAGCAGAGAACCUUGUUGCCAUGAGCCUACUCAAGAGAAUACUGCCAUCAGGUCUGCUAGCAUACCUGGACAGUACUGAUCGUGUACCUGAGAAGGAUGUGGAUAGGAUGCACGUUCGAGACAACGUCAAGAUUGCCACGGACCAGUACGGCCAGGGCACCAAGGUGCCAGAGUGGCAGCGUCUGGCUGGGAAGGCAGCCAAGGAAGUGGAGAAGUUUGCCAAGGAGAAGGUGGAUGUGAUGCUGAUGCACUGGCGCGAUCGCAUGGGCAUCGCACAGAAGGAGCAGGACAGAAAUACUCUGAAUCUGAACCAGAAGCCUGUGAUCCUGCGGAAGAGGAGACAGAGGAUCAAGAUCGAAGUCAACUGGGAGCUCUUCUACUACAGGUUCCAGCAGGAUCACGCGCAACCCAACCUGAUCUGGAACCUGAAGACCCGGGAGGAGCUCCGAGACGCUCUGGAAGCGGAGAUGCGUGCCUUCAACGUGGACCGGGAGCUGGGCAGCGCUAGCGUCAUCGCCUGGAACCACCAGGAGUUUGAGGUGAAGUACGAGUGCCUUGCGGAUGAAAUAAAGAUUGGAGAUUAUUACCUGCGCUUGCUGCUGGAGGAAGAUGAGAACGAGGAGACGGUGGCCAUCAAGAGAUCGUACGAGUUCUUCAAUGAGCUCUAUCACCGCUUCCUUCUCACGUCCAAGGUCAGCAUGAAGUGCGAGUGCCUUCAGGCUUUAGCCAUUGUGUAUGGGCGGUGCUGCGAGGAGAUCGGGCCCUUCAGCGACACCAAGUACAUCGUGGGCAUGCUGGACCGGUGCACAGACCGGCUGGAGAGGGACAGACUCGUCCUCUUCCUCAACAAGCUCAUCCUCAACAAGAAAAAUGUGAAAGAACUGAUGGACUCCGGUGGCGUGCGCAUUCUGGUGGACCUGCUCACUCUGGCCCACCUACAUACCAGCCGAGCUACUGUGCCCCUCCAGAGCAAUGUCCUGGAGGCAGCCCCGAACUCCAAGAGGGAGAGCGUGAAGGAGUGGUAUUUCGGCAAUGCGGAUAAGGAGAGAAGGGGGCCCUUCAGCUUUGAGGAGAUGCAGGACUUUUGGAAUGAGGGGACCCUCACGGCAAAGACGCGCUGCUGGUCCCAGGGCAUGGAUGGCUGGCGCCCCCUGCAGGCCAUCCCCCAGCUUAAGUGGUGUUUGCUGGCCAGCGGACAGGCGGUGAUGAACGAGACGGACCUGGCCACCCUCAUUCUCAACAUGCUCACCACCAUGUGCUCGUACUUCCCCAGCAGGGACCAGGACAACGCCAUCAUCCGACCGCUGCCCCGGGUCAAGAGGCUCAUCAGCGACAACACCUGUCUGCCGCACAUUGUACAGCUGCUUUUGACUUUUGACCCUAUCCUGGUGGAGAAGGUAGCCGCCUUGCUGUACUUGGUGAUGCAGGACAACCCCAGCCUUCCUCGUCUCUACCUCACUGGGGUGUUCUUUUUCAUCAUGAUGUACACUGGUUCCAAUGUGCUUCCAGUAGCCCGCUUCCUUAAAUACAGUCAUCUCAAACAGGCCUUCAAGUCUGAAGAGGCUAAAGGUCAGGAUUUGGUUCAGCGCAGCAUUCUGGGUCCGGUGCUGCCCGAGGCCAUGGUCUGCUACCUGGAGAACUACGAGUCUGAGCGUUUCUCCGAGAUCUUUCUGGGAGAGUUCGAUACGCCUGAGGCCAUCUGGAGCAGCGAGAUGAGGCGCAUGAUGAUAGAGAAGAUAGCGGCCCACCUGGCCGACUUCUCGCCACGACUGCAGAGCAACACACGGGCGCUGUACCAGUACUGCCCCAUCCCCAUGAUCAGCUUCCCUCAGCUGGAGAACGAGCUCUUCUGCAACAUCUACUACCUCCGGCACCUGUGUGACGCCAAUCGAUUCCCUGGCUGGCCCAUCCGAGACCCGGUGAAGCUGCUCAAGGAUACCCUGGAGGCCUGGAAGAAGGAAGUGGAAAAGAAGCCCCCCUCCAUGUCCAUGGAUGAGGCCUAUGAGGUGCUCCAGCUGCCCAUAGGACAGGGCCAGCACGAGGAGAGUAAGAUCAGGAAAGCUUACUUCAGACUGGCUCAAAAAUACCACCCAGACAAGAACCCAGAGGGCAGGGACAUGUUCGAGAAGGUGAACAAAGCCUAUGAAUUCUUGUGCACCAAAUCAGCCCGCGUCAUUGAUGGACCCGACCCAGAGAACAUCAUUCUGAUCCUCAAGACUCAGAGCAUCCUAUUCAACAGGCACAGAGAAGAGUUGAAGCCUUACAAGUAUUCUGGUUAUCCCAUGCUGAUCAAGACUAUUACCAUGGAGACGGGUGACGAGCAGCUGUUCUCCAAGACCUCCCCCCUACUGCCUGCCGCUACGGAGCUGGCUUUUCAUACUGUGAAAUGUUCGGCGCUCAAUGCCGAGGAGCUGAGGAGGGAGAAUGGCAUAGAGGUACUGCUGGACGCUUUGUCUCGUUGUGUGGCUGUGCUCACUGCCUCCAGCAAGCCUGAUGACAUGCCAGUGCAGGUGUGCGGGCACAUCUGCAGGUGCUACAGUGUGGCGGCACAGUUUGAGGAAUGCCGGGAGAAGAUCACUGAGCUACCCAAUAUCAUCAGAGACCUGUGUCACAUCCUGUACUAUGGCAAGGCGUUCCCACGGACAGCUGCUCUGGUGGUAGAAUGUGUCAGCUCCUUUGCCGUGGACUUCUUCCUACAGACGCACAUGUACCACGCUGGUGUGCUAUGGCACCUCUUGGUCUACCUCUUCAAUUAUGACUACACGUUGGAGGAGAGCGGUGUGCAGACAAGUCAGGAGACCAACCAGCAGGAAGUGUCCAACAACCUGGCCAAGCUGUGUUUGGUGUCCCUGAGCCGACUCGCAGGGUACAGUGCAGAGCAAGGGGAAGAGUCGGUGCAGGAGGAGGAAGAGGUUCCUCCUGAAAACCCAAGGGUCCGCAAGAGCCUGGCUGCUAUGCUGACCCCCUACAUCGCCAGGAAGCUGGGCUCCAACUCACCCACAGAGGUGCUGAAGCUGCUAAACAGUAACUGGGAGAACCCUUAUCUCAUCUGGAACAACGGUACACGGGCUGAACUGCUGGAGUUCCUUGAGGCUCAACAGGAGGGCAUCAUCAAGAGGGGUGAGUGUGACAAGCACUUUGGUUCUGACUUCGUCUUCAGUGACCACAGCAAAGAGCUGAUCAUCGGAGAGAUCUUCGUGCGGGUCUACAACGAGCAGCCGGCCUACCCCCUGGAGUUCCCCAAGGCAUUUGCAGCCAGCCUGUUGGACUAUGUGGGCUCCCAGGCCCAGUAUCUGCACACCCUGCUCGCCAUGACCCAGGCCAGUGCUGUGGAAUCUCAGCAGCACGGCCAGCGGCUCCACUGGGCCGAGAUGGCACUCGAGGCUCUCCGCAACGUUAUCAGAUACCACCCUGGGUCAGAGACUGAGUGCAUUGGCCACUUCAAACUCAUCUUCUCCCUGCUACGUGUUCAUGGCGCAGCCAAUGUUCAGCAGCUGGCCUUGGAGGUUGUGAACAUGACCACAGCGAACAAGGACUGCGUGAGCAACAUUGCCGAAGCCCUGGUUCUCUCAAAUCUGCUGAUGCUGCUGCAGUCGUUGCCCUCCAGUCGCCAGCUGGUACUGGAAACUCUGUAUUCAUUGACUUCUAACACGAAGAUCAUUAAAGAGGCCAUGGCAAAAGGUGCUCUCAUCUACCUGCUGGACCUCUUCUGUAACUCCACCCACCCCCAGGUGCGCUGCCAGACUGCUGACCUCUUGGCUAAGAUGACCUCAGACAAGCUGGUGGGACCCAAGGUGCGGCUCACGCUGCUGCGCUUCCUUCCCGCCGUCUUUGUGGAGGCCAUGCGGGACAACGCGGAGGCAGCGGUGCAGAUCUUCGAGGGCACGCACGAGAACCCCGAGCUCAUCUGGAAUGACAGUUCCCGGGAGACGGUCUCCACCACUGUCCACGACAUGAUGCUGGCACACUACAAACAACAAAUGGCUAAUCCUGACGUUAGCUGGAAAUUGCAGGAGGACUUCAUGGUGGCGCACGGGGCAGGGCAGGGGGAACUGGUGGUUGGCGGAGUCUUCCUGCGCAUCUUCAUCGCGCAACCAGGCUGGGUACUGCGCAAACCUCGCGAGUUCCUGGUGUCGCUCCUGGAGACGCUGACGGAGCUGAUGGAGAAGAACAACCCCAACGGGGAGACUCUGGAGACGGUUACCACAGCAGCAGUGUGUCUCUUCGGCACCCAAACGCAGCUGGCGGACCAGGUUCCUCCACUAGGACACCUGCCCCGCAUCCUGGCCACCCUGAGUCACAAGAACAAUGCUGUGCUCAAGAGCUCCAUCCGCCUCGUCCACGUGCUGUCUGACAACGAGCUGUGUGUGCGCUCCAUGGCCUCACUGGACACAAUAGGGCCCCUAAUGAAAGGGAUGAAGGUGCGGAAGGACAUGGUCGGGCUGGCCUGCGAGGCACUAAACCGCAUGUUCCAGAAGGAGCAGACUGAUCUCGUUGCUCAGGCUCUGAAGGUGGAGUUAGUACCCUACCUCCUCCGGCUGCUGGAGGGGACUGGCCUUGAAAACCUGGACAACCCGUCUGCCACCAAAGCCCAGAUUGUCAAGGCGCUGAAGUCCAUGAGCCGGAGUCUACAGUACGGCGAGCAGGUGAAUGAAAUCCUCUCCCGGUCCACUGUGUGGAGUGCCUUCAAAGACCAGAAACAUGACCUCUUUAUCUCUGAUUCUCAGACCGCGGGCUACCUGACAGGUCCAGGUGUCGCAGGCUACCUGACCAGCGGAACAGGCUCUACGGUGCUCCAGAAUGUCCCACCCCCUGUGGACAGUGAUGGCGGGGACCAGAGCUGACAUCCUUGUUGGCCCAGAAACCAGUCGGAAGCUCUCUCCCCAGGAUGCGUUCUGGGGGGGAGGGGGGGGCUGCAAGUCCCGCCACCAAGUGUCAACUCCUCCACACUCCUCCUUCAUGCCCCCCCCACAGAGUGCUCUCUUUCUCCAUCCCUUACCUUUCACUGAAAGACCAGUCAGCAUCACAGUUUGGGCUUUAUUUAAUCAAUUCAGUCAAGUUGUUUUUGAUCGGGGCAUUUUUGUGUUUCUUGUUUAUCCUCAAAGAUGAGGGAAUUGGCUUAUUGAUCGAUGCCCCCUUUUUUUUUUUUUCCGUGUGAGGAGAAGACGCCCACCUUCUGGAAUAGUGAAGCCCUGCCUUGUCCAGCGGGGUGAUGCGGUGUGUGGCUUUUUCAUCACUCGGAUCUGAAAAGCGUCCAGUGUUCGCCUGUUUAGAGGACUGCAGUGUCUCUGUACGAACGUGUUCCUCCGUCUUGCAGCAAUUAGAUGUUUUUAUGCUGUAGAUGGGGUGUAAAGGAGAUGAUUGCUAAGCUGUGAUGAUCUGCCACUCUGCAGACGAUCCCAGGGAAAUUGGAGGGGUGCCAGGUGGGAGGUCCGAGUCAGUCUUCUCACACUUUCCCAGUCACUUCUGCCCUGGGAAAGAAGCAGACUGUUAAACUCACUGUGUGUUUGUACCCCCAAGAAUGCAAAAAAACACUAUCAUC